AUGUAUGAAAGCAUAGAUUUCGAGGCUCUCAAAAGAGAUGUCAGAAGAAAAGUGCUGGGUUGUGAGGGGGAAAAGAAGGCUGAGGUUCGUAUAAGAGAUACAGAAAGAAAUGAAGAAAAGAAUAAAGAGAAAAAUAGCACACAAAAUGAAGUAAUAAAAAAUUCUAAAGAUCACUUAAGAGAAGAUCCAGAAGGAAGCAGAAUGAAAGUAAUUACCCCAUUCUACUUGUACAACUAUAUGCAACUGCUACUAGAUGAAGGGAAAGACAAGAACAUGUUAAUCGUGGAUGUACGUCCCAAAGAACUUUUCCAGAGAAGCCAUAUCAGAAGUGCUAUACACAUACAUAAAGCAGAAGGAAUUAAAGAAAUGAAGAAUGAAAUAGAAUCAAAAGAAAGGUUUAAAAUAGUUUUUUAUGAUAAUGGAAGUGAUGAGCAUGUGUGUAGUUAUGAAUAUUUCCUGAACAGUCACUUUUCAAAUGUGAAAACGAGUUUUUAUUUUUUAAAAGGAGGGUAUAAAAAUUUUGAAAAUGAAUAUUUCUUUUUAUGUGUAAAGGAAAAUAGCAAUGAUGGAAAUAAAAUAUCAUCCCUUGCAUUUAGUCCAUAUAUUAAUUACCCUAUCAAAAUUUGCAACAAUAUUUACAUGGGAAACUUUAUUCACAUCAAUAAUUCUUAUGUAAAUAAAUAUUUAAAUAUAAAAUAUAUAUACGAUUUUACAUCCUCAGGAUUUGAGAUCAAAAAUGUGGAAGAAAUAAAUUACUUUCGAUAUAACGUCCUAAAAAAAAUUGUAGAAAAUCAAAAUGCACAAAAAAAGGAAUCAUUAAAUUAUUACAAUUUUUUGGACAUCCGUAUGGUGUAUGAUGUCAUAUAUAGUAUUCUACAAAAUACUAGAAUGGAAAAAAAUUACAUUUCUGGGGAUGAAAAAAACAUACUGAAUGGGAAAGAAAAUUCGCAAAAAAAAAUUGAAAACGAAAAAUCUGCUAUUAAAGAGUUAAACUAUUGUGUAGAAAGAAAAGAAUUACAUAUAAGCAAACAGGAGCAAAACUUAAUGAAAAGAAAUAUCGAAAAGUCGAAUGUCCUAAUAAUAUGCAAUCAAGGUAUUAAAAAUCAGACGAGAGAGAAAAUAAACAGUGUAAGUUUAAUAAUAUCCAUGUGCUAUCUUAUGUACACAAAAAGGUAUAACCUCGAUUUAGUCAUCGUCUACAUGCUGAAGAUAUACAACAAUUUAAUAAUAAGUUCUCAGACGCGAACCCUUUUACAGAACUUUCAUAAUAGCUUGACAAAAUGUGAUUAUAAUAUUGAAAUGUUUUAUACUAACGCAAGAAAUGGAAAGCAGAUAAAAAAGAACACAACCACCACUACCAUGACGGAUAGCACGAACAUAACUGCUAACAUAAGAAGUAGCAGUUCUCUUAUGGUUGGUAGGGAAAAAAACUUUAUAUUGAAAAUAGUUCAAGAUGACAAUUUCGAAAAGUUCAUGAAAGGGUUCCAACUUGACAAUUCGUACAUUAAACUACACAAAUCGAAGGAAUAUAUUCUACAUCAGGACACAGAACAUAUAUUGGAAAAUAUCCAUAUAAUGAAUGAAAUGGUUAACAGAAAGGAAUACAUUUCAUAUGAACAUAUAAUAAAGUCCAUACUAAUUCACAUUUACAAUAACAAGAAUGACAAAAUAAAUAUUCACGAAAUUCAUGAUCUCCUAAAAAUAGUUAAUAAAAUUUUAAAUGAUAGCAACGUACAGAAUGCAUGUAUAAUACCUUACUUUUCUUUAAUCCUUUUAAAUUUGUGCAAAUUACUGUCAGCUCAAGAGCAAUCAGAAGAACAACAAAUGAGUUAUCAUGAGGGUAACGGAGAAAUGUCAUUAUAUAUUGAAGAAAAAGAAAAUUUGAAAUAUAAUUUAUUCUCAUUUUUGUGCGAUAAUAUUAUCGUGUGCAUGCAUUAUAUUAUAAAUAAUAGUACCACAAACAAUUCACAUCCAAAGAACAUCGUAGAAGAAGAAUACAAAGUGACACUCAAUGUAAAAGUUAAUUAUUUUAACGAAAGAAACAUCGAUAAAAAUUGUUACAUGAUGUACUUAUCGUUGAAAUACCUUUUGAUCACCUUUUUACAUUUUUAUAUAUGUCCAACUAUAAAAAAAUUAAAAUCAUCUUAUAUAGACAAAAUUUGUUAUUUACUCCCCCAAAUUGAUAAAUUUUCUGAAUAUUAUUAUUCCGUUUUUAACGUAAAUAUUAAUUCAUUUCAAAAGGAAAAUUAUGUAGCACAAUUAUGUUCCCAUGAUUACUUACCAUUACAUUUUUCAGAUAUAUUAAGACCCUUUAUAAUAAUUAAUAAUUACUUGAAUUGA